AUGUCAUCCGAAAAGAGUGAGGAGUCCAAGGGCAAGGAAGUGCUCACCCGAGAGCCUUCAGUAGGUCAUGGCGAGCUUGGUGUCGUGGACGACCAAGAGGUUUCCGACUUCUACGGCAGCUCGGUGAGCGACAGUUACCGGCUGAAGUCAGAGUUGGUAGCACAUCAUUUGGCUGAGAUAGGAAUGGGAAAGUUCCAAUGGUACCUCUUCGUGGUCAAUGGCUUCGGCUGGGUCGUUGACAAUUUCUGGAGCCAAGGCAUAACAGCCGUCAGACCGCCCGUCGCAAACGAGUUCACCGACAUCACAUAUCUCAGCUUCAGUUCCGUCGCCUACUACGUUGGGCUGAUCAUCGGAGCAUCGUUCUGGGGCGUUACUGCGGACUUGAUCGGUCGCAAGCCAGCUUUCAAUGCCACGAUUCUCAUCGGUGGUAUUUUCGCCUGUGCUGUGGCCGGGUCGCAGAACUUCGUCACAUUCUGCUCACUUUGGGCUGUCGUUGGCACUGCCGCUGGUGGCAAUGUUCCCGUCGAUAGCAUCAUCUUCUUGGAGUUCAUGCCGCAAGAGCGUCAGUGGCUGCUGACGAGCUUAUCGGCAUGGUGGAAUCUUGGGCAGGUGAUUGUCUCACUGGUGGCUUGGGUAUUCCUAGCAAACUAUGCCUGUGAGAGCUCCGAGGCUCCGUGCCCGAGGAGUUCUAACAUGGGCUGGCGCUAUGUCAUGAUCACUCUUGGUGCACUAGCCAUUGCCUUUGCCCUUAUUCGAAUUUUCGUCUUUAGAAUGCCCGAGUCACCGCGAUACCUGCUGUCCAGAGGACGCGACGCCGAGGCUGUCGAGGCCGUGAACUACGUUGCUCGAUACAACGGAAAGCCCGAAACAUUGACCCUGGACAUGCUGAAGGCCAUUGAUGAGGCCCAGUCCGGGUCCCUGACCCAAGUCGUCCAGAGAGGACACAAUACAGCUGGAGAAACGAAGGCGCCCCUGUCCUACAAACAGAUCAUCAUGGAAAACUUCAAAGACUACAGCAGUCAUAGCUACCGCAAGCUGUUCGCGGGCCGCAAGAUGGCUCGGCAUAGCUCGGUGAUCUUCUUGAUCUGGCUGACCAUUGGCGUGGCGUACCCGCUCUACUUCGCAUUCAUCACAUCGUACCUCCAAACAAAGUCGACGUACUCCGUCACCAACUCACUUAAUCACACUUACAUGGUCUACUGCAUCGUAUCUGUGGUUGGUGUUGUUGGCCCGAUCGCGGCAGGUUUCUCCGUUGAGACGCGUCUGGGGCGGCGGUGGAUGAUGGCCAUAUCAGCUGUGCUGAGUGGUGUCUUCUUAUUUGCAUACACAAGUGUCGGUACAGAAGCUGCAGAUAUUGGAUUCCAGUGUGCUACUGCCAUCCUUGGAAAUUUCGAGUACGCGAUCAUGUUUGCAUUCACGCCAGAGUCGUUCCCAGCGCCAGUACGGGGGACUGGAACAGGUAUUGCUGCAACCCUGCUGCGGGUUGGUGGGCUGGUAGCGUCUUUCAUUUCGACCUACUCCGGAUACUCGGUGGUUCCUAUCUAUGCGAGCGCUGCGCUUUGGAUUGUGGCUGGCUUUUUCUGCUUGGGCUUGCCAUUCGAGACUCACGGCCAUGCCUCCAUCUGA